CCUGUCAUUCAAUGCGCCAUUUUCUCUUUUUAUGUGCAUGAACAACGAAGCUACAUUUAGGAAUAAUUCGUCAGAACGCGUUUGCGUCGCAAUUUUUUGUCGCUGCGGCUAGAAAAAAAAAUAAUAAAGCAUUUUAAUUGUAAGCGUGGCGCUGUGCAUGCACACUGACCAGGACCGUUGGAUUGGUAGGAAAUCUGCUUUGUAACCGUUUUAGGAAAAAAGCGGUAAACUCCCUUUGAAGGGGAAAAAAAAAAAAAAUCAGUGGCGUUCAAGAAGGGGAGGAAUCAUGUAUCAGUUUCCAGUUCGAGGAGUGGAGAAAAUUCGAAGAACAAGAAAGAAAGUCAAAAACAUUUUGAGUGAAUUUGGCCUUGAAGAGUGCCUAAGCUUGUGUCAGGGUCUUCAGGAGUUUGAUCCAGGAGAUAGCAUUUUUGGUGCUACUAAAUGGACUGAUCUAUCAGACGGAUUUAAUGGAAAGUGGAAGAAAAAGUGGACCUACCGCACCCGAGGACUGUGCUGCUCAUUAUGUAAAUUUUCGACACGGUCCUUAUAUUCAUUCAAAGCUCAUAUUCAUCGCUACCAUGAUAAUGAGCAGUCAGCCUGCAGUCUCUCUUCCUGCUCUUCCUGCCCGUUUGUCGGCCACCCUAAAGUCAUCUCCAGGCACUAUAGACUGUUCCAUUUCGAAAACCACAAGCCAGAAUCUGACAUAGUGACACCAUUGUCUGCCAAAGCAUUAAGUGGUCACAUAUUCCAGUGCCGAAAAUGUCCUGUUCGCGAUGAUCUCUUGUACAGCAUGAGAAAGCAUGUUCUCAUUAAUCAUUAUACCGCACUGUUGAAUCGCUUUGCUGGACAAAGAGCAGACACUGAAUUGAAGGCCCUUGGACAGAUGUACAGGAAAUUUUAUUGUAAAGUUUGUGGUGCAAAUGCAGACACCUCUGAGCACUUGCUAUAUCACAUACUGACCUCUGACAAGCACAGGGAAUUGGAUUUGCACAUAAACACUCUUAUUUUUGAAACUGACACUAAAAAGCCGGCUCCCACUCUAGCACCAAAGAUUCAAAUUAGUCCCGUUAUAACAGGACCACCUAGCCAACCUUUACUAACUCCUGUACAAGCUCCAGGCACAGUCUUGCCAGUUUUGGCUAAUGGUGGACCUAGAUUACUUCCUCCUCCUAACACAACUAUUCUUCCUAUUCAAGCCUCAGCCCUGGUGCAACUUGCCAGUGCUGAGGCAAAGGGUUUGUUGCAUCCUGGCCAGCCACUGUCUAUCCAGAAUGUUCAAGCUCCAAGAACUGUCACUGCAACGCUGCCUAACGUUGGAGGAACGACUCCUGCCCCGACACUUCAGUCGGUUAUUCCACGGCAACAGCCAGUCAGGGUUGGAGUCCCAGGUCCUCAUCACCCUCCGCCUCGUCAAGUUCUGCUUCCGCCUGGGGUACAGUUUAACGUCCCGACUUUAAGGGGGCCUGCACCACAGCCGAUGAUUGUUGCUCCACGGUUCCCCUUGAAUCAGCCUACGCCCAGAGGUACCAUGCUUACAUCCCAGUCCCUUCUGAGUCAUCUGAUUCCCACAGGCAACAAAGUUGAUGGGCUGCCUACCUACACCCUCGCACCAUUACAAGUUUUGUCUGUCCAGGGAAAUAAUGUCCAAGUAGUAGGCAAAGCACCUUUGCCAGUGUCACAGAACAAUGGCACACAUCAGCAAAACUCCCAAGAUUCCAAACAGACCAAGAAAUGGGUAACCUGCCCCAUUUGCAAUGAGCUGUUUCCAUCCAAUAUAUAUGACUCCCAUGUGGAGAUCCAUAAAGACUCAUCCAAGAAGUCAAAGCUAGGUUUAGCUGCACGAGCACCUUUUUUGAAGAAAAUGCCUGACAAGACAGUGAAAUGCCUAAUGUGUAAAGUUUUGCUGUCAGAAAAGGGUAUUUUUGAACAUCUGAUUCAUGGUUUGAACUGCUUGUUUUGUCCGGGGAUGUUCUAUUCCAUCAAACAGCUGGUUGCACAUAUUCAGGUCGAACACAAUCCAACCCAAAAGGCCAACUGUGACUUCAUGAGACGAGAGUAUCGUCUUUACACCGACGAGUCUGGCCACCUUCUGUUUCCCUAUUUUGACAUUAACACCACAGCCCCAAAAGAAAUGAUGGGAGAGAAAGAGCUUAACUUGGCCCUAGUUACUAAUUCUCUCGAUCUGAUCUUUUUGAAGAUGACCCCUAUGACGCCGCAGGCUGUAUGCAAGAUGCCUGUGCCUAAGCCAGACAGCCUAGAGUGCGUCUUCUGUUCUGAGAAGCUGCUGAACAUGGAGUGCUAUCAGAUGCACCUUAGAGAAAAGCACUUUAUUGUGCCUACCGUUCAUGCCAUACUUAAAAUGCCAGCAUACAAGUGCAUAUACUGUGGUGGGGUAUACACAGGCAAAACAACGGUCAAAGCUAUCAAUGUCCAUGUAUCCAGAUGUCGAUCUGCGCCCAAAACCCUUAAGGAUGCAGAAAGGAUACAUUCUGGACUAAACAUUAGCCCCAGAAUAAGCCAAGGUUUAAUCUCAUUCCCAGCAAGACAGACUACAGCUUCAGUCGCAGGACAAGUCCAAGGAACACCUGCAGCCCUUCAAUCUCAAGAUACAUUUGUAGAAAAGCAGAGCAAGUUGAGGUUGGAGCUGGCUGUGAAGGAGGCCAUAGAAGCUAAUAAGAGGGAGAGAGAGGCCAGACUAUCAAGAAAAAAGAGGUUAGAGAAAGAAAGGCCCACUAGUUUGCCUUCUCCUGCAGCUGAAGUGCUGGAUGAUUCGAACGUGCAGUUUGCUUUGGAUCCUGCUGGGAUGGAAUUAUGCCCCUUUGAGGCCCGUAGGGAAUUCGUGAACAAGUACUUUAACAUCCAGCCAUACCCGCUUAAGAAGGAGAUCAUUGCCCUGAGCAGCCGGUUGCUACUGAACAAAUCCGAUGUCGCCUGCCAGUUUGGCUCCAAACGUUCCAGGUGUAUGAAGCAACUGAAGCGAAACAAGGCUGAGGUCUUGUUAGGUUUCAACAUGGCUGAGGUGAUGAAGGUGAAACACAACCUGAUUAUUCCUGAAAUAGAACCUGAAAAGCUGUCCUCAGAACCAGAACCAAGGAAAGUUGAAGAAAGUACCAUGAACACGAACAAAGUUGAAAAAAUUGUGAAUGUUUAGCAUCCUACGAAGGCUAAAGAAAUGGCUCAAAAGUGACAACACAUGGAUAUAUAUACUCCUCAGAACAAUGCAUAAAGUGUGUAUGGUGUUAUCAUGGGUGAAUUUUUAAAGAAACAAUUGUCAAUAAAAAUUUUUGAAGCCCCGUUUUGCGUAGAGUUAAAUUUAAUUGGUAAAGUUGAGCUUCUUUGAGUUUGUAUGUUUGGUAAAGAGUUUGUCAUCCUUCAUAAAACAUAUUGUAUAUGUAUACUGUAUUGCUGUUUAUUACAUACUUUUCAGAAUGACACCUUUUACUCCACAAAUGUUUUUUGGGUGUGGUUUAUUUGGCCUUGAUUGACAUUUUUUGUAUACUUUCCCCAUUAUGUAUUUUAUUUAGAGCUCUAUAAGUUAAAAUGCAUACUCUUUUAGUGUGUUUGCUGAAAUGU